AUUUUUUAUCUUGCUUAAAAUUGAAUUAUUUUUCGCACAUCUAGAGCAAUAUAGAGCAAGUGCACGUUUGUACCUGUACCUAACCUCACCGCAAAUUGCUCCAAAUUGUUCUUAACGACUCGAUGCGUGUCCAGUGUGACAGGUGUUUACAAAACUGACGAUUAUAUCCGUUUGUUAUUUUAUGAAUUUACUUUAAAAGGAAACGUGGGCACAUCACCAUGCUGUAUAAUUACAAAUGAUACAUGACCGUCACGAUAUUUGAUAUAAAAUCGGCACAUUCAUAAAUAUCAUAAAUGAGUUGCUAACAGGGAAAGAGAACGACUGUUGCUAUUCACGCCGGAAGAACUUCGACGGGAGCCUCGACAAGUCGCCUCCUGAGAGAUCGAGGGAGUCACAGAGAUGGACGUGAGUUCGUUGUUCAAGGCUAGCGUGAAGGCAGUGAAUCUGCGGAACAGAGACCUCGGUACACCGGCAGCACAGAGCCAACCGAGGAGGGCCAGGAGCAAGAGCACCUUCUGCGUGAAGACGCACACGGUGGUCGUGCAGAUCUCCAAGCUGCGCGAGUUUCUGCUGGAGAACCGCAAGGCCUAUCUGAACUUCUCCAAUUAUCUGUCCGCAGCGCCGCACAUGACGGAUGCGGAGCGUGACGAGAUCGACCUGGGUGCACAGCGGAUAAUGAGCAUCUGCUCGCAGCUAGUCAAAGACUUGAAGCGAGAGAUCGCUGCGUCGACGGAGAUCACCCAGCAGAACAUUGAGCAUCGCGAGAUCAUGCUGCUGCUUAUAGAGGACUACUUGAAGAACGUCUGCAAGAUAUACUCGGAGCAGAAGGCGAUGCGCGUGAAGAAGGCCAUGGAGAUGCGAAGGAUCUCCAGGCUGCAGGCAGACCAGCCGUCAGCGACGGUGACGAAAAGAUCGGCCCUGAACGCGAUCGAUCCCGCAGACGAUAAUGAUACCAAGAACGGCUCGAACGAGUCCAGUCCGAUGAAGAUCCAGGAGAUCAACGGCGACGUCAACAUGAUGACGUACGAGGAGGAAUUGUCAGCGGAGGACAUCCAGAUGUUCGAGUCGGAGAAUGAGCAGCUAUACAACGAGCUGAACACCAUGACGGAGGAGGUGAAGCAGAUUGAGAGCAAGGUGGUGCACAUUGCUGAGCUUCAAGAGAUCUUCACGGAGAAGGUUCUGGACCAAGACAAAGACCUGGACAGGCUGAUGACGACGGUGGUCGGAUCGACGGAGAACGUGAAGGAGGCGAACGAGCAGAUCCGCCAAGCGAUCCAGCGGAACGCCGGCCUCAGAGUGUGGAUCCUCUUCUUUCUUCUGGUGAUAUCGUUCUCGCUGUUGUUCCUCGAUUGGUACAAUCCAUAAGAGUUGACGAAUCUCCAAGUUGCUCUUAAGAUAUGAGAGUGAGGAAAGGCGAUGUACACUUACAAGAGAUGUUUGAUACAAUCUGUAAAACAUAUUUCUGUUAUUAAAUUAUUGAAUUUUACGGAUCGUAUCAAUGUUACUUCCGUAAAUAUGAAAGAAGAGACAUUAAAAGGUUGGAAGAGUAGAAAGAAAGAGAAAGAAACAUUUGCCAAAAAAUAUGUUGCUAUAUUUUAUCCCCGGACAUUAUUGUACAUAAUAGCUAUAACUUACUAUACGCGGGGAAUAAACAAAAUAAUAUGAAUACUUAGGAAAUAUACUUAUUUUAUAUUAUUUUUAUCAAUAAAAGGUUGGCCCCCACCGUUUGCUUUUGAUGCACAUCUUCUAUCUUUGUUGAAAUAGUCAUACAAUGCUUGAACAGUUACCAAUGAAAUGUCAUACUACUUUAAAAGAACAUCUUUCAAUUGCUAAUAUAAAUAAUAUUGGAGGAGGAAAUUUACUUUUUAUUUUAUUUUUUUCUAUUUUCCUCUAUUCUGAAAACUUCUUUCCUGGCCUGCAAUUGCCUGAUUAUAGGCUGGAAAAAAGAGUUAAAUAAAUCAUUUGUAGUUUUGAAGAACAGAGUGACACUUCCUCCUUCGAUAUCUUUUAAGCAAUUAUAGAAUGUUCUGCUGGAAAAAUGGUAUAAUAUUGCAUUGUAGCAGUUACUGCACUAUUCAAACAUGUAUGAUUCUAACAAAGAAUUUAUAUUAAACGCCAACUUCUUAUUAAUAAAAUAAGUAGAUAGAACAUCUUUUAAUUGCUUACAUA